AUAGGGACAGACAACGGUAGGCGACUUUGUUUUAUAUUUUGUAGUUAUUGUGCGUGUUCCGCCACUGACUUAAAACUUCGUACGGAGAAUGAAAUUCUGUUUCACAAAUUAUUCAGACGUCUUUUCCAGUGUGUUUGUUAGUUCAAUGAAAAAGUAAACUAUUGUGCACGAAAUAAAAGUCUGUCCAGGACAGUGUUCUCAUUCAUCAUUUGAUGAUGAGAUUUUUCAGUGCAAGAUGCAAUUCAGUGGCUCGUUUGGAUGGAAAGACUGCUGUCAUCACUGGAGCAAACACCGGAAUUGGAAAAUGUACGGCGAAGGACUUUUUUGAAAGAGGUGCACGUGUAAUCCUAGCGUGUAGAAACGAAGGAAAAGGCCAGCAAGCUCUUACCGACAUCCAGGAAUCCUGCGGAGGGAGGGAAAAUGUAGGAUACUUGAAGUUGAUGCAUUUGGACUUGUCCAGCCUGAAAUCUGUCAGGGCGUUCGCUGCCAAGGUAAUAGAUUCAGAGAAUAAAAUCGACCUGCUGAUUAACAAUGCAGGCGUAAUGAUGUGCCCCGAGAGCAGGACAGAGGACGGUUUCGAGAUGCAGUUUGGCACGAAUCACCUGGGGCAUUUCCUGUUAACGCUAUUACUGCUGCCGAAAAUUUGUCAGAGCGUUCCAGCUAGGAUUGUGAAUGUUUCAUCAGUGGCACAUUGUGUGCCAUCUUCUAUAGAUUUAUCAGACUUGAACUGGAAUUCUAGACCGUACAGUGCAAUAGGAGCCUAUCAACAAAGCAAAUUAGCCAAUGUAUUGUUCACCAAGGAAUUAGCCAGAAAGCUGAAAGAAAAUAACAUUGAAAAUGUGACAGUGUACAGCCUUCAUCCGGGAAUCAUCAAAACUGAAUUAGGCAGACACCUGCGACUCCGAUGGCUGUGGAGUAUCGUAGGAAAGUUUCUCUUGAAGAAUCCAGAGCAGGGAGCUCAGACUCAAAUCUAUUGUGCGGUCGAUGAAAAUUGCGCGUCUGAGUCCGGUUUGUAUUACUCAGAUUGCAAAGUAGCGCAGCCGUCCACACUAGCGAGAAAUGAAGAAAUCGCAAAAAAAUUGUGGGAUGAGAGCUUGAAGCUCGUUGGAUUUGAAGAAAUCUAUUGUUUUCAAGAAUUGAAAAGUAUUUCCAUAGGAAGCAAUUUUUAAGAAAAUACUGUUACCCAACAAAGACGCCAUCCAAUCUGUAAAAUUAUAUUCUAUCAUUUUGAUAAUAUACUGUAGAUACUUCCGGUACUUGACAAAAUUUUAGGAGUUUCUUUUGGCACAUCUGAUGUACAUAACUAUUUUAUGCAAUAAUUUCUGUUAUAUUAGUAUAUAUAAAGUAAAUUGUUUCUAUACAU